UUCACGCCGGAGCAUUGUCAAUGUUGCACCUCGAUGUAGCGUGCAUGGACGACAUUGCAGACGUCUGUGAAGAACAAUCAUGUACAGAAGAUUGCUUCUUUCGCUCUAUCAGACCCGCUACCGUGCAAUAUACAGACGAGAGGCGUGUGUAUUGACAACAAAAUGUGACACAGUGACACUCCCUUUUAGGGCUGCGAAUGGAGUGGGGUUUAGGACACUUGGAACAACGUCAACCACAUACUGCGAAAAAAAAGAAGGGUCGCUUCAUCCUAAAAAAGAUAUCGAGAACAAUACUAAGAAAGAUGGUGAGUCGGAAACAGCGAAUGUGGGGGAAAAGAAGGAGGCUGAACCCCCCGAAGAGGGCAGGAUAACGGUAGAGUGUGUGGGGCACAUGGGUGAGAUUAAGAUGGAGGCAGAACAUGUAAUUCAGUUGAGGAAUGAAACUAAAAAUGUAGGCUUAGAAGGGGCAAUUAAACACGAAGAAAAUAAGAACAUAGACGCUGAAAAGCUGAUGGUAGAAGUUCAGAUGGAGUCAGAGACUGUCACUCAGUUGAGGGAUGGAAUCAAACGUGAAAGCUCACAAGAGGCAACUAAACAUGAAGAAAUGAAGCAAACAGACUCCAAUGAGCAGAGUGCAAAGUUUAAAAUGGAGACAGAAAAUGUCACCCAGGUGAGGGAUGAAAUUGAAAGCGUUAACUUCCAAGAGGUAACUGAGAAGAUAGAAGUGGUAGAGGUUAAGAUGGAUGCAGAACAUUUAAUUCAGUUUGAAGAUGAAAUUAAAAGCGAUAACUUCCAAGAGGUAACUGAGAAGAUAGAAGUGGUAGAGGUUAAGAUGGAUGCAGAAAAUGUCAUUCAAUUGGCAGAUGAAAUUAAAAGCGAUAACUUCCAAGAGGUAACUGAGAAGAUAGAAGUGGUAGAGGUUAAGAUGGAUGCAGAAAAUGUCAUUCAGUUGGCAGAUGAAAUGAAAAGCGGAAUCUCACAAGAGGCAACUGAACACAAAGAAUGUAUGGAAACAGCUGAAGAGCCAGCACCAGUAGUAAACAUGGAAGUUAGCAAGACAGAAGAGCAUGGAGUUCAGAAAGUGAAGGAGGGAUUAAAGCACCAAACAGAGGAACCAGUGAAGAACGUGAAGGAAAGCCUGCUGAACCUCCUGGGAGCUAUGAAGGUUGAGGUAACCACCAAGAAGAGCAUCAAAGCCUUGAAAGUGCAGAGCAGGUCGAAUUCUGUGGCCAGGCCCAAACCAGCAGAAAUGGAGAGCACAAUCAGCAUGUUUCAGGAAGCCAGCACACCCGCUCUGCCCCAAAAUGAGAGUACGGAGAUGAUGGCUGCUGUGUCAGCCGUGGCGUCCACUCUGCCGAACCCCCCUCAGGCAGAGUCUGAGCUCCUGAGGCAGCUGAAGCAACAAGAGGCCCUCGCGGAUGCCCAGAAGACCGGCGACGUCACCAACAUUGGGAAUAUCAUUGCUGACAUGAAGGUGGGGAAACGACCGAGCCCCAGACAGAAUGCCUGGUCGACCAAUCAGAUCCGUUUCGACGAAGAUGAGAAGUCCACCCUUGACAGAGGCAUCAUGGCCGAGAUGGAGGGAGCGAGAGGAAGAAGGAGCCUGUUUUCCAGGAAGAGGAUGAACAUCUUUAACCCCGCUACCGAGAAGCCUGUCGAGGCAGACACACACACUGCUUCACCAACCCUAUGGGACAUCGAGUUAGCAAACGAAGUAGCCCUGUCAGCCAAUCUGAAGUCCCGUAAUGGACUUGAGGAGAUGAUUAAGUGGACCAGAGAGGGCAGGCUGUGGCAGUAUCCAAUCAACAACGAGGCUGGGCUGGAAGAGGAGGCUGGCGUUCCCUUCCAUGAGCACGUGUUCCUGGAGAGGCAUCUGGAGGAUGGCUUCCCCCGCCAGGGCCCCGUGCGCCACUUCAUGGAGCUGGUGUUGGUGGGCCUGUCCCACAACCCUCACCUGACCGUGAGCCAGAAGGAGCAGCACAUAACCUGGUUCAGGGACUACUUCCAGCAGAAGGAAGAGGUACUGAAAGAAGCAGAGGUUUACCUCAACUGACCUGGACAGAGGUCAUCCAGGGUCCAGUGAAUGAUCACCAGGAGAGGACCUGCCUACUGUUGAGCCGGCCCUGCUGUGGAGCGGCGAUGGGUCGAACGGUUCACAUGAAAGGCUAUCGAGAGGCUUAACAGAAAGCCUGGACUCCAGAAUCAUUAACAUCAUAUUAUAUUAACUGGUUUAUAAAUGUUAAUAUAUUA